AUGCUCGCCACAUACUUUGAAGUUGAUGAGGAAGAAAUAAACAAAGAGGAUUAUGUUUUUCGAUAUGAUGCCAAUUUUCCAAUUGAUUCAAAAUAUGAUGUAAAGCAUGCUAACAAGUCCGAGUCUCCUGAGGAGUUUGGGAAGUUUGGUGAAAAUCGUGCUAGAUAUGGCCAAUUUGAUCCCAUCCUUGAAAAGAUGAACCAACGGCGAAUGGCUCGACAGAGACCUGGUUCAGGAAAUGGUGCUAGUUCCGAGAUGAUGCAUCUUUUUGAAGAGAGUCAUGACACAUUAUUAGAUGGAAUGGAUGUAAAAUUGAAGAAUGCUGCCACAUACUUUGAAGUUGAUGAGGAAGAAAUAAACAAAGAGGAUUAUGCUUUUCGAUAUAAUGCCAAUUUUCCAAUUGAUUCAAAAUAUGAUGUAAAGCAUGCUAACAAGUCCGAGUCUCCCGAGGAGUUUGGGAAGUUUGGUGAAAAUCGUGCUAGAUAUGGCCAAUUUGAUCCCAUCCUUGAAAAGAUGAAACAAUGGCGAAUGGCUCGACAGAGACCUGGUUCAGGAAAUGGUGCUAGUUCUGAGAUGAUGCAUCUUUUUGAAGAGAGUCAUGACACAUUAUUAGAUGGAAUGGAUGUAAAAUUGAAGAAUGCUGCCACAUACUUUGAAGUUGAUGAGGAAGAAAUAAACAAAGAGGAUUAUGUUUUUCGAUAUGAUGCCAAUUUUCCAAUUGAUUCAAAAUAUGAUGUAAAGCAUGCUAACAAGUCCGAGUCUCCUGAGGAGUUUGGGAAGUUUGGUGAAAAUCGUGCUAGAUAUGGCCAAUUUGAUCCCAUCCUUGAAAAGAUGAAACAACGGCGAAUGGCUCGACAGAGACUUGGUUCGAGAAAUGGUGCUAGUUCCGAGAUGAUGCAUCUUUUUGAAGAGAGUCAUGACACAUUAUUAGAUGGAAUGGAUGUAAAAUUGAAGAAUGCUGCCACAUACUUUGAAGUUGAUGAGGAAGAAAUAAACAAAGAGGAUUAUGCUUUUCGAUAUGAUGCCAAUUUUCCAAUUGAUUCAAAAUAUGAUGUAAAGCAUGCUAACAAGUCUCGAGUCUCCCGAGGAGUUUGGGAAGUUUGGUGA